GCGAGCGCGGCGGAUACCGACCGACAGUUUCCUGUCUGUGGCGCUAGUGUACAUGCGAUCACACUGAGAUCUGUGCAGACUGCGGUCUGCCCCCUUUCCCCCCCAGCAGCCCGGUCUGUCCCAUCAGCCACCAUGGCCUUUGUGCCCGCGCCCAGCCCCACUGUGGUCGACCAGACGACACUGAUGAAGAAAUACCUGCAGUUUGUGGCAGCACUCACAGACGCGAACACACCGGAUGAAACAAAGCUGAAGAUGAUGCAGGAGGUCAGCGAGAACUUUGAGAAUGUGACAUCUUCGCCUCAGUACUCCACCUUCUUGGAACACAUCAUUCCUCGCUUCCUCACGUUUCUUCAGGAUGGAGAGGUGCAAUUCCUCCAAGAAAAACCUACACAGCAAUUGCGGAAACUGGUGCUGGAAAUCAUCCACCGCAUUCCAACAAAUGAACACCUUCGUCCACACACCAAGAACAUCUUGUCCGUGAUGUUCCGCUUCCUGGAGAUUGAAAGUGAGGAAAAUGUGCUGAUAUGUCUUCGCAUCAUUAUCGAGCUGCACAAACAGUUCCGGCCUCCGAUCUCUCAGGAGAUUCAUCACUUUCUGGACUUUGUGAAGCAGAUUUACAAGGAUCUUCCAAAAGUUGUUGCCAGGUACUUUGAGAACCCGCAGGUGAUAGCAGAGAACACGGUUCCCUCCCCAGAAAUGGUCGGGAUGAUCACGUCGGUGCUGGUCAAGACUGCGCCUGAGAGGGAAGACAGCGAAACACGAACACACACCAUCAUCCCACGGGGGUCCUUGUCUCUCAAGGUGCUGGCAGAGCUGCCGAUCAUAGUGGUGCUGAUGUAUCAGCUGUACAAGCUGAACAUUCACAAUGUGGUGUCAGAGUUUGUACCCCUCAUCAUGAACACCAUAAUGCUCCAGGUGUCUCCGCAGGCCAGGCAACACAAGCUUUAUAACAAGGAGUUGUAUGCAGACUUCAUUGCUGCGCAGAUCAAGACUCUGUCAUUUCUGGCCUACAUCAUCCGAAUCUACCAGGACCUGGUGGGGAAAUACUCUCAGCAGAUGGUGAAAGGCAUGCUGCAGCUGCUGACCAACUGCCCCUCUGAGACUGCACACCUCCGCAAGGAACUGCUCAUCGCAGCCAAACACAUCCUCACGACUGACCUGCGAAGCCAGUUUAUACCUUGUAUGGACAAACUCUUCGAUGAAUCCAUCCUGAUCGGCUCUGGUUACACAGCUCGGGAGACGCUGAGACCCUUGGCCUACAGCACACUGGCCGACCUGGUGCACCACGUUCGUCAGAACUUGCCCCUGACAGAUUUAUCUCUAGCUGUGCAGCUCUUUGCGAAGAACAUUGAUGAUGAGUCACUUCCCAGUAACAUCCAGACCAUGUCCUGCAAGCUGCUGCUAAACCUGGUCGACUGCAUCCGCUCCAAGUCAGAGCAGGAGAACGGCAAUGGGCGGGACAUCCUGAUGAGGAUGCUGGAGGUUUUUGUGCUGAAGUUUCACACCAUUGCACGCUACCAGCUGGUGUCCAUCUUCAAAAAGUGCAAGCCCCAGUCAGAGAUGGGUGUGGUCGACCAAGGGGUGUUACCCGGGGUGCCAGCAACACCCACUCCAUCCACCACCCCUGCCAUUUUACCUCCCGCUCCUCCCACGCCUGUUGCCGCGCCGCCUGCACCCCCAUCGACGUCCUUAGAACGGUCUGGUGAGAAGGAAGACAAGCAGACUUUCCAGGUGUCGGACUGCCGCAGCUUAGUCAAGACUCUGGUGUGCGGAGUGAAGACUAUUACUUGGGGCAUCACCUCUUGCAAGGCGCCAGGAGAGGCUCAAUUCAUUCCUAACAAGCAGCUUCAGCCAAAGGAGACCCAAAUCUACAUUAAGCUGGUAAAAUACGCCAUGCAGGCCUUGGACAUCUACCAGGUUCAGGUUGCCAACAACCAGCAGACGUACAUCAGGGUGGCCAACUGUCAGACUGUACGCAUGAAGGAGGAGAAAGAAGUUCUGGAGCACUUUGCCGGCGUCUUCACCAUGAUGAACCCUCUCACGUUCAAGGAGAUUUUUCAGACGACUGUGCCGUACAUGGUGGAGCGGAUCUCUAAGAACUACGCACUGCAGAUUGUGGCGAAUUCUUUCCUGGCCAACUUGUCAACGUCUGCUCUAUUUGCCACCAUCCUCGUGGAGUAUCUUCUGGAGAGACUUCCAGAGAUGGGCUCCAAUGUUGAGCUCUCAAACCUUUACCUCAAGCUCUUCAAACUGGUUUUUGGCUCGGUGUCAUUGUUUGCUGCCGAGAAUGAGCAGAUGCUCAAGCCACACCUCCACAAGAUCGUGAACAGCUCCAUGGAGCUCGCCCAAUCAGCUAAGGAACCCUACAACUACUUCCUGCUUCUGCGGGCUCUCUUCCGCUCCAUUGGUGGAGGCAGCCAUGAUCUGCUCUACCAGGAGUUCCUACCACUUCUACCGAACCUGCUGCAAGGUCUGAACAUGCUUCAAAGUGGCCUUCACAAGCAGCACAUGAAGGAUCUAUUUGUGGAGUUGUGUUUGACAGUGCCAGUGCGUCUGAGCUCCUUGCUGCCCUACUUGCCCAUGCUAAUGGAUCCGCUGGUGUCUGCCCUCAAUGGCUCUCAGACUCUGGUCAGCCAGGGCCUUCGCACCCUGGAGCUGUGCGUGGACAACCUACAGCCUGACUUCCUCUACGACCACAUUCAGCCCGUCAGGGCUGAGCUCAUGCAGGCCUUGUGGCGAACCCUUCGUAACCCGGCUGAGAGCAUCUCUCAUGUAGCCUACCGGGUGUUGGGGAAGUUUGGUGGCAGCAACAGGAAAAUGCUGAAGGAGUCUCAGAGGCUGCAUUAUGUGGUGACGGAGGUGCAGGGGCCGAGCAUCAAGGCCGAAUUCACCGACUGCAAGGCGUCCAUACAGCUACCCAUGGAAAAGGCGAUCGAGACGGCUCUGGACUGUCUGAAGAGUGCCAACACGGAGCCCUACUACAGACGGCAGGCCUGGGAGGUCAUUAAGUGUUUCCUCGUGGCCAUGACCAGUCUGGAUGACAACAAGCACGCGCUCUACCAGCUUCUGUCUCAUCCCAACUUCGCUGAGAAGUGGAUCCCCAAUGUCAUCAUCUCUCACCGCUACAAAGCACAAGACACGCCUGCCCGCAGAACCUUUGAGCAGGCCCUGACUGGGGCGUUCAUGUCUGCUGUGAUAAAGGACCUGAGGCCCAGCGCGCUGCCCUUCGUAGCCAGCCUGAUUCGCCAUUACACCAUGGUCGCUGUGGCUCAGCAGUGUGGUCCGUUCCUGCUGCCGAGCUACCAGCUGGGCAGCCAGCCGAGCACAGCCAUGUUCCACAGCGAGGAGAACGGCUCAAAGGGCAUGGAUCCGCUGGUUCUGAUUGAUGCCAUAGCCAUCUGCAUGGCGUACGAGGAGAAGGAGCUGUGUAAGAUUGGAGAAGUGGCCCUGGCCGUCAUCUUCGACGUCGCCAGCAUCAUCCUUGGCUCCAAGGAGAGGGCGUGCCAGCUGCCCUUGUUCUCCUACAUUGUGGAGCGUCUGUGCGCCUGCUGCUAUGAGCAGGCUUGGUAUGCCAAGCUCGGCGGUGUGGUGUCCAUCAAGUUCCUAAUGGAGAGACUGCCUCUGAUCUGGGUGCUACAGAACCAGCUCACCUUCCUCAAGGCUCUGCUCUUUGUCAUGAUGGACCUCACAGGAGAGGUGUCGAAUGGAGCAGUAGCCAUGGCUAAAACCACCCUGGAGCAGUUGCUUGUGCGCUGUGCCACUCCCCUGAAGGAUGAAGAAAAGACCGAGGAGCUGCUGGCCGCCCAGGACAAGUCUUUCCAUAUGGUCACGCAUGACCUGGUCCGAGAGGUCACCUCCCCCAACUCAACCGUCAGAAAGCAGGCCAUGCACUCUCUGCAGGUGCUAGCCCAGGUCACCGGCAAGAGUGUUACCGUCAUCAUGGAACCACACAAAGAGGUGUUGCAAGAUAUGGUUCCCCCGAAGAAGCACCUGCUCCGCCACCAGCCUGCCAACGCCCAGAUUGGCCUGAUGGAGGGCAACACCUUCUGCACCACCCUGCAGCCCCGCCUCUUCACAAUGGACCUCAAUGUCAUGGAGCACAAGGUCUUCUACACAGAGCUGUUGAACCUGUGUGAGGCAGAGGAUGCUGCUCUGAUGAAGCUGCCCUGUUACAAGAGCCUUCCCUCUCUGGUUCCCCUCCGCAUCGCCGCUCUCAGAAGUGUUGAAUGUUACUUUUCUUCCUGCUUAGAUGCCCUUGCAGCUUGUAAUUACUUGCCACAGUCCAGAGAGAAGAUCAUUGCUGCCCUGUUUAAAGCCCUCAACUCCACCAACAAUGAGCUGCAGGAGGCGGGCGAGGCAUGUAUGAGGAAGUUCCUGGAAGGCGCGACCAUCGAGGUGGACCAGAUCCACACUCACAUGCGGCCCCUGCUGAUGAUGCUGGGAGACUACCGCAGCCUGACGCUCAACGUGGUGAACCGGCUGACAUCCGUCACACGUCUGUUCCCCAACUCCUUCAACGACAAGUUCUGCGAUCAGAUGAUGCAACACCUGAGGAAGUGGAUGGAGGUGGUUGUAAUAACACACAAGGGAGGCCAGCGCAGCGAUGGCAGUCCUGCGUUGGAGGGUGUUGAGGAGAUGAAGAUCUGUUCUGCCAUCAUUAACCUUUUCCACCUGAUCCCAGCCGCGCCGCAGACUCUGGUCAAACCUCUGCUGGAGGUGGUCAUGAAGACGGAGAGGGCCAUGCUCAUCGAGGCCGGCAGUCCAUUCAGGGAGCCUUUGAUCAAGUUCCUGACGCGUCACCCAUCUCAGACUGUGGAGCUGUUCAUGAUGGAGGCGACGCUGAACGACCCCCAGUGGAGCCGCAUGUUCAUGAGUUUCCUGAAACACAAAGAUGCCAAACCACUAAGAGACGUGCUGGCCUCGAAUCCCAACCGCUUCGUCCCCCUGCUGGUUCCUGCUGGCACUGCGGCAGCUGUUCGCCCUGGAUCUCCCUCCACCACCACAGCCAGAUUGGACCUGCAGUUUCAGGCUAUCAAGAUUAUCAGCAUCAUAGUGAAGAAUGAUGAGGGUUGGCUGGCAGGGCAGCACUCCCUGGUGAGCCAACUGAGGCGAGUCUGGGUCAGUGAGGCCUUCCAGGAAAGACAUCGCAAAGACAACAUGGCCGCCACCAACUGGAAGGAGCCCAAGCUGCUGGCCUUCUGCCUGCUUAGCUACUGCAAACGUAACUACUCAGAGAUCGAGCUGCUGUUCCAGCUGCUGCGGGCCUUCACAGGUCGCUUCUUAUGCAACAUGACCUUCCUGAAGGAGUAUAUGGAGGAGGAGAUUCCCAAGAACUACUCCAUUGCCCAAAAGCGAGCCCUGUUCUUCCGCUUCGUUGAGUUCAACGACCCACACUUCAACGAUGAGCUCAAAGCAAAGGUGUUGCAGCACAUCCUGAAUCUUGCCUUCCUGCACAGCUUUGAGAAGGGGGAAGGUGAGCAGCUGCUUGGACCGCCCAACCCCGAAGGAGACAAUCCAGAGAGCAUUACCAGUGUCUUCAUCACUAAGGUUCUGGAUCCAGAGAAGCAGGCUGACCUGCUGGACUCACUGCGAAUCUGCCUGCUGCAGUUCUCCACCCUGCUGGUGGAGCACGCACCACACCACAUUCACGACAACAACAAGUCACGCAACAGCAAGCUGCGGCGCCUCAUGACCUUCGCCUGGCCGUGCCUCCUGCCCAAAGCCUGUGUGGACCCGGCCUGUAAAUACAGCGGACACUUACUUCUGGCGCACAUCAUCGCAAAGUUCGCCAUUCACAAGAAGAUUGUGCUGCAGGUCUUCCACAGCCUGCUGAAGGCUCACACCAUGGAGGCCCGAGCCAUCGUACGGCAGGCGAUGGCCAUCCUGACCCCGGCCGUGCCCGCCCGCAUGGAGGAUGGCCACCAGAUGUUGACCCACUGGACUCGCAAAAUAAUUGUGGAAGAGGGACACACCGUACCGCAGCUGGUCCACAUACUGCAUCUCAUUGUGCAGCACUUCAGGGUGUACUACCCUGUGCGCCACCACCUGGUGCAGCACAUGAUCAGUGCGAUGCAGCGUCUGGGCUUCACCCCCAGUGUGACCAUAGAGCAAAGGAAGCUGGCCGUGGACCUGGCCGAGGUCGUCAUCAAAUGGGAGUUACAGAGGAUCAAAGACCAGCAGCCGGAGUCCGAGGCUGAAGUCGUGGCUGGCGGUGAAGGCACGAGCGGGGGUGCUGUGAAAAGAGGACUGUCUCUGGAAGCUGCUACUGCCGCCGCGUCUGCUGCUUCCGCCGCCGCCGCCGCGUCUGCUGCUGCCACUGCCGGACCGGACGCCAAGAGGUUCCGCACAGCAACCGGAGCUCCCUCCGCGGUGUUUGGCCGCAGCCAGUCGAUGCCAGGUACAGAGACCAUGCUCACCAAGCCUGUCGAGAAACAACAUACGGACACCGUGGUCAACUUCCUCAUCAGGAUUGCAUGCCAGGUGAACGACAGCACCAAUGUGGCUGGGUCUCCGGGGGAGCUGCUGUCCCGGCGCUGUGUUAGCCUCAUGAAGUCUGCCCUCAGGCCCGACAUGUGGCCUCGCGCCGAGCUCAAGCUACAGUGGUUUGACAAGCUGCUCAUGACGGUGGAGCAGCCAGCUCAGGCUAACAUCUCCAACAUCUGCACCGGACUGGAGAUUCUGUGCUUCUUGCUGACGGUGCUGCAGUCCCCAGCCAUCCUGGCCCAUUUUAAACCCCUUCAGCGGGGCAUCGCUGCGUGCAUGACCUGCGGCAACACCAAAGUCCUGCGGGCCGUCCACUCCCUCCUUUCUCGCCUCAUGAGCAUCUUCCCCACUGAGCCUAGCACGUCAACAGUGGCGUCUAAGUAUGAGGAAUUGGAGUGUCUGUACGCUGCUGUGGGCAAGGUCAUCUACGAGGGACUCACCAACUAUGAGAAAGCCACAAGCAACACGAACCCCACACAGCUCUUCGGUACACUGAUGAUCCUGAAGUCAGCCUGCAGUUACAAUGCCAGCUACAUCGACCGCCUCAUCUCGGUGUUCAUGCGCUCACUACAGAAGAUGGUGCGGGAACACCUGAGCCCCCAGCAGGCCACCCCAGGGGUCACUGAAACCAGCACAGUGACCAGCGAGCUGGUGAUGCUGAGUCUUGACCUGGUGAAGACUCGACUGUCUGUCAUGAGCAUGGAAAUGAGGAAGAACUUCAUCCAGGUCAUCCUCACUUCGCUGAUUGAGAAGUCACCUGACCCCAAAAUCCUCCGUGCUGUCGUCAAAAUCGUUGAAGAGUGGGUGAAAAACAAUUCUCCCAUGGCUGCAAAUCAGAUGCCCAACCUACGUGAGAAGUCCAUCCUGCUGGUGAAGAUGAUGACCUACAUAGAGAAGCGUUUCCCUGAUGAACUUGAGUUAAACGCCCAGUUCCUGGACCUCGUUAAUUACGUCUACAGGGACGAGAGCCUUUCAGGAAGUGACAUCACAUCCAAGUUGGAGCCAGCCUUCCUCUCGGGGCUUCGCUGCACUCAGCCGCUGAUCAGAGCAAAGUUCUUUGAGGUGUUUGACGCCUCCAUGAAGCGGCGUGUCUACGAGCGGCUGCUCUACAUCUGCUGCUCUCAGAACUGGGAGGCCAUGGGCAGCCACUUCUGGAUCAAACAGUGCAUCGAGCUGCUGCUGGCAGUGUGCGAAAAAAACACCACCAUCGGCACCAGCUGCCAGGGAUCCAUGCUGCCGUCUAUCACCAACGUCAUCAACCUUGCUGACAGCCAUGACCGCGCCGCCUUCGCCAUGGCAACGCAUGUCAAGCAGGAGCCGCGUGAGAGAGAGAACAGUGAGACCAAGGAGGAGGAUGUGGAGAUCGACAUAGAGUUAGCACCAGGUGACCAGACGGCCAUCCCCAAGACUAAGGAGCAGGCUGAGAGAGAUGCAGGCAACCAACUGCACAUGCUGACAAACCGCCACGACAAGUUUCUUGACUCGCUUCGGGAGGUCAAGACGGGGGCACUUCUGAACGCUCUGGUCCAGCUCUGUCAUAUCUCCACCCCGCUGGCUGAGAGGACCUGGGUUCAGCUCUUCCCUCGCCUCUGGAAGAUCCUCUCCGACAGGCAGCAGCACGCUUUGUCAGGAGAAAUGAGUCCCUUCCUGUGCAGUGGCAGCCACCAGGCCCAGAGGGACUGCCAGCCCAGCGCCCUAAACUGCUUUGUCGAGGCCAUGUCCCAGUGUGUUCCUCCGAUUCCCAUCCGCCCCUGUGUGCUGAAGUACUUGGGCAAGACGCACAACCUCUGGCUGCGCUCCACUCUAAUGCUGGAGCAGCAGGCCUUCGAAAAGGGCCUCAGUCUGCACAGCAAACCCAAGCAGAGCACCGAGUUCUACGAGCAGGAGAGCAUCACACCGCCGCAGCAGGAGAUUUUGGACUCCCUGGCAGAGCUCUACUCUCUGCUCCAAGAAGAGGACAUGUGGGCCGGCCUGUGGCAGAAGAGGUGCAAGUUUCCUGAGACCGCCACGGCCAUUGCCUAUGAGCAGCAUGGCUUCUUUGAACAGGCUCAAGAAAGCUACGAGAAAGCCAUGGAGAAGGCGAGAAAAGAGCAUGAACGGAGCAACGUCUCGCCGGCCAUCUUCCCCGAGUACCAGCUCUGGGAGGAUCACUGGAUACGCUGUUCUAAGGAAUUGAACCAGUGGGAACCUUUGACAGAAUACGGCCAAUCUAAAGGCCACUCAAACCCUUAUCUCAUGCUCGAGUGUGCUUGGAGGGUUUCCAAUUGGGCUGCCAUGAAAGAGGCUCUGGUACAGGUGGAGCUGAGCUGCCCUAAGGAGAUGGCGUGGAAGGUGAACAUGCACCGUGGCUACCUGGCCAUCUGCCACCCAGAGGAGCAGCAGCUCAACUUCAUCGAGCGGCUGGUGGAGAUGGCCUCCAGCCUGGCCAUCCGCGAGUGGAGGAGGUUGCCUCACAUCGUUUCCCACGUGCACACGCCGCUGCUGCAGGCGGCACAGCAGAUCAUUGAGCUGCAAGAAGCGGCCCAAAUUAAUUCAGGGCUUCAGCCAGCUAACCUGGGCCGCAACACCAGCCUCCACGACAUGAAGACUGUGGUGAAAACCUGGAGGAACCGACUGCCCAUCGUUUCUGAUGACCUGUCCCACUGGAGCAGCAUCUUCAUGUGGCGCCAGCACCACUACCAAGCCAUCGUGACGGCGUAUGAGACGAACGCGCAGCACGAUCCAAACAACAACAAUGCCAUGUUGGGAGUUCAUGCGUCGGCUUCGGCCAUCAUCCAGUAUGGAAAGAUAGGACGCAAACAGGGUUUGGUGAACGUGGCUCUCGACAUCCUGAGUCGUAUCCAUACCAUCCCCACGGUGCCCAUUGUGGACUGCUUCCAGAAGAUCCGACAGCAGGUCAAAUGUUAUUUGCAGCUGGCUGGAGUCAUGGGCAAGAAUGAGUGCAUGCAGGGUUUGGAGGUGAUCGAGUCGACCAACCUGAAGUACUUCACCAAGGAGAUGACGGCUGAGUUCUACGCUCUCAAGGGGAUGUUCCUCGCUCAAAUCAACAAGUCAGAGGAGGCCAACAAGGCCUUUUCAGCGGCAGUCCAGAUGCACGAUGUCCUGGUGAAGGCCUGGGCCAUGUGGGGUGACUACCUGGAGAACAUCUUCGUCAAGGACCGCCAGCUCCACCUGGGGGUCUCCGCCAUUACCUGCUACCUCCACGCCUGCCGCCACCAAAACGAGAGCAAGUCCCGCAAAUACCUAGCAAAGGUGUUGUGGCUGCUCAGCUUCGAUGACAAGAACACGCUGGCCGACGCUGUGGACAAGUACUGCAUCGGAGUCCCGCCUAUCCAGUGGUUGGCAUGGAUACCGCAGCUCCUGACCUGCCUGGUUGGUUCAGAAGGCAAACCUCUGCUCAACUUAAUCAGCCAGGUGGGACGAGUGUACCCCCAGGCUGUCUACUUCCCGAUCCGCACCCUUUACCUGACGCUCAAGAUCGAGCAGAGGGAGCGCUACAAAAGUGAUUCAUCCGGACAGCAGCAACCCAGUUCAGUGGGGGCCCAGCCUCACUCGGGGGCCUCGGACCCGGGGCCCAUCCGGGCCACCGCCCCUAUGUGGCGCUGCAGCCGCAUCAUGCACAUGCAGCGUGAGCUACACCCCACCUUGCUCUCCUCCCUGGAGGGCAUCGUGGACCAGAUGGUGUGGUUCAGGGAGAACUGGCAUGAAGAGGUCUUGAGGCAGCUCCAACAGGGCCUGGCCAAAUGCUACUCAGUGGCCUUUGAGAAGAGUGGUGCCGUGUCUGACGCCAAGAUCACACCGCACACACUGAACUUUGUCAAGAAGCUGGUUAGCACCUUUGGUGUGGGCUUGGAGAACGUCCCUAAUGUUUCCACCAUGUUCUCCAGUGCCGCCUCCGAGUCGCUGGCCCGUCGGGCCAAGGCCACAGCGCAGGAUCCUGUUUUCCAGAAGAUGAAGGGACAGUUCACAACAGACUUUGACUUCAGCGUGCCAGGCUCCAUGAAGCUUCACAAUUUGAUCUCCAAGCUGAAGAAGUGGAUCAAGAUCCUGGAGGCCAAGACCAAGCAGCUGCCCAAGUUCUUCCUCAUCGAGGAGAAGUGUCGCUUCCUCAGCAACUUCUCCGCACAGACGGCCGAGGUGGAGAUCCCCGGGGAAUUCCUCAUGCCCAAACCUACACACUAUUACAUCAAGAUAGCGAGGUUCAUGCCCAGAGUGGAAAUAGUUCAGAAACACAAUACAGCAGCACGCCGUCUGUAUAUCCGCGGCCACAACGGCAAGAUCUACCCUUACCUGGUGAUGAACGACGCAUGCCUGACCGAGUCGCGCCGAGAGGAGAGGGUCCUGCAGCUUCUCCGCCUCCUCAACCCCUGUCUGGAGAAGAGGAAGGAGACCACCAAGAGACACCUCUUCUUCACCGUGCCCCGAGUGGUGGCAGUGUCGCCUCAGAUGCGGCUGGUCGAGGACAACCCUUCAUCUCUGUCACUGGUGGAAAUCUACAAACAACGCUGUGCCAAGAAGGGCAUCGAACACGACAACCCCAUCUCCAGAUAUUAUGAUCGCCUGGCCACUGUGCAGGCCAGAGGCACGCAGGCCAGCCACCAGGUCCUGCGGGACAUCCUGAAGGAGGUGCAGGGGAACAUGGUGCCUCGCAGCAUGCUGAAGGAGUGGGCUCUCCACACCUUCCCCAACGCCACCGAUUACUGGACCUUCCGGAAGAUGUUCACCAUCCAGCUGGCCCUCAUAGGUCUGGCCGAGUUCAUGCUGCACCUCAACAGGCUCAACCCAGAGAUGCUGCAGAUAGCACAGGACACGGGAAAGCUGAACGUCUCCUACUUCCGCUUCGACAUCAACGACGCCACGGGCGACCUGGACGCUAACCGCCCCGUUCCGUUCCGCCUGACGCCAAACAUCUCGGAGUUCCUGACCACCAUCGGCGUCUCCGGCCCGCUCACAGCUUCGAUGAUCGCCGUGGCACGAUGCUUCUCACAGCCCAACUUCAAGGUGGACGGCAUCCUGAAGGCCGUCCUCCGCGACGAGAUCAUCGCGUGGCACAAGAAGACCCAGGAGGACACGUCCAUGCCUCUGUCGCCGGCCGGCCAACCGGAGAACAUGGACUCGCAGCAGUUAGUCUCAUUGGUCCAGAAGGCUGUCACGGCCAUCAUGACCCGCCUCCAUAACCUGGCUCAGUUCGAGGGCGGAGAGAGUAAGGUCAACACCCUGGUGGCUGCGGCCAACAGCCUGGACAAUCUGUGCCGCAUGGACCCGGCCUGGCACCCCUGGCUCUGAGGAACAGAGAGGAUAAUAACGUGACAUUAAAGGAGGGGAGUGAGAGGAGACGCAGGGACAGAAACAUUACUUUUACGAUCCGGCGAACAGACGAUGUAACACGUUGGACUCUUCCUCUCACGAUCGAAGGACACUGAAAUAGUUUCAAAGUGGAAUCAGGUGGAACAAAGACCCUGACUGUCACAUUGAUAGUCUGAUCAGGGCUUGCCAGUAUUCAUAAUAGUUAUAUCUGGACUAAAUCUUUUUAUCAAAACACGAUUUCUCCUUCAACUUGUAUUUAUUUUUAUAACUAAACGACAGGGACUUUACGUGUGAUGUCAUGUCUGACAAGGAGACAGUACAAAUAUCUUCGUUGGUAUCAUAAUGAGCCACUCACUCAAGCGUAUGGGAGUUAUUUUCUUUAUUUAAGAGAUGGGGGAAAUCUUCUGUUGUCUGCUUCAGCUGCGUCUGUGUUGUAUUUCUCCGACAGGUUUUACACUUUGAUUCUUCGCACCCUAAACAAGCCAUUUGUCCUCUCAUAUUUAAACUGAAACGUGUGUUUUCGCUUCCUGCACAAUGAUUUUAUUGUCCUGUGAAACAGAUGAUGCUCUUUAUUUUUUAUUGUUGUUGUUAUUAUUAUUAUUAUUAUUACAAAAGCCAUUUUACUUUAUUUCUUUGAGUUUUUGCAUCAGCCCUGGUGUAACAAAGUGAAACUUCAGGGCGACUUGACACUGUAGCUGUAACGGCCGUAAUGCAAAGCUGCAUAUGCAUAUUCCUCCUCUUUUUGUAAAGGUACAAUGCUUAUUUUUUUUUUCAACAGAAGGAUUAUCUCUCGCCUUGUAAAUACGCAUUUUGUUUUAAUAAAAUGCUCUUUUUAAUACAGACGCUGCAGUCGCUCUUGUUACGGCAACCUGCAGCCUUUCUUUAA